ACAAUACAUCCCAACGCGUAAAAUUUCAAAUUUAAAAUUUUAACUAAAGUUUAUCGUAGUAAAUGGUAUCAUAUUUAUUCUGUUUGUUAAAGUGAUCUUGCAGUGAAAUAAUUUAUUAGUUGCGUUAGCUGUUGUUUUAAAUUAUGACUAACAAUAUCAAGCUUCACCAUAUAUUGAUGACCUAUUCUAUUCUACGUUGCCUGUUGGAAUCAUCGUACACGUUUGAUACUUGUUAACAAAACAGAACUUCCUCCUAAUUAUAAUAACAGCUAUUAAGUUGUUACAGCUAUCUAACAUAUCAGACAUUCUACCACUAUGUCAGAUAAUCAGAUAAGUUUAUCUGAUGCCACACGCAAUGUAAUAUGUAUUUAAAUACGUCAGUUUGUAGUGCCACUGUUUACAAUGAAGAGUUUUGAAGAGAUGUUUAUACUUUUGUUCCUGUAUUUCGUUGGAGUUUGUGACUGCCAGAGUCCUGUAGAUGCGGAAUUCGUGCUAAACUUCGACUCGCCCGUGUAUGUGUGCCCCGAUGCGACCAGCCAGUCCUACGUGGACACGUCGGCCGUGGAAGUCGACAGAUAUAAUGAGACGACGUCGUUCAUGACCGGCACUAUAUAUUUUCAUAAAGGUUUCGACAGUGCUACCAUGGUUGAACUAAGGGUCGAAAGAGAAAUCAACGGCCAAUACGAAAUGAUAAUCUCCCACGAUAUAUGUGACGUUUGCAAGGAGUUUGGGAACCAGGAGAGUCUGUACGCAAAAUAUUUCAGCUACUUCGGCUUUCCGAAUACAUGUCCGUUUCCUGCUGGUCCGUAUGAAGUCCACGACUUGAAAGCGGACAACGAUGAUCUGCCCGUCAACGGGGCCACGGCGGGCCGCUACCAGGUGACCAUUAAUUUAUAUAACAAUCCGGACAGCACUUGUAAGAACAUGAAAACUUUUCUAGCAUGCUUGAAGCUCGAUUUUAUUAUUGAACAGCUUUGAAUGUAACAA